CAAAAAAAAAUAAAAAUUCAGGCAUUUACCCGAUUUUUUGUCAGAGAAAAAACGCGCCGUUUAGUACACAAACAACAAAACAAUAAAGAAGGGAGCCGGGAGGAGAAAAGAAGGGGAAAGAAAACAUCAGCUUAAAGAGAAUGGCGACGUAUCGAUCGGUGUUCGACGCUGCGGAGCUUAGUGCCCAGUUUAAUGCUGCCGGAAUCAACACUAAAUUCAUGGCUUCCAUUUGGAAGUAUGUGUUACAAAACCCUGGAUGCGAGCUGGAUGAAAUUCCCAAUCUGCCCUCAUCAGCUUACCGUCUUCUUCGCACGAAGUUCAAGCCCUUCACGUCCACCGUUCACUCCGUUUUCCACUCCACCGACGGCGUCACCACCAAGCUCCUCAUCAAACUCCAGAAUGGAGCUUUUGUAGAGGCAGUGAUUAUGACAUAUGAUACCCGUUUAGGUAAAUAUGGAGGAAAGCCUCGUCUUGGUGGUCCUAGGUCGACAUUGUGCAUAUCGUCUCAGGUUGGGUGCAAAAUGGGUUGCAAAUUUUGUGCAACUGGAACUAUGGGAUUUAAGAACAAUUUGACGUCCGGAGAAAUUGUGGAGCAAUUGGUUCAUGCUUCUCUUUUAACUAACAUACGCAACGUUGUUUUCAUGGGAAUGGGAGAACCACUGAAUAAUUAUACUGCCUUGGUGGAAGCUAUUCGUGUUAUGACAGGAUCACCGUUUCAGCUGUCACCAAAGAGAAUCACAGUAUCAACAGUAGGGAUUAUUCAUGCUAUCAACAAGCUUCAUGGCGAUCUACCGGGCUUGAACCUAGCUGUAUCAUUGCAUGCACCAGUUCAAGAGAUCCGUUGUCAGAUAAUGCCUUCAGCAAGAGCUUUUCCUUUGGAAAAACUAAUGACAGCCCUGCAAACAUAUCAAAAGAACAGUCAGCAAAAAAUAUUCAUCGAGUACAUCAUGCUUGAUGGAAUGAACGAUGAAGAGCAGCAUGCACACCAGCUCGGCAAAUUGCUGGAAACUUUUCAAGUGGUUGUAAAUUUAAUACCAUUUAAUCCAAUUGGUAGCUCAAGUCAAUUCAGAACCAGCAGUGACCAGAAAGUAUCAGACUUCCAAAAAAUUCUUAGGGGUACUUAUAACAUCAGGACAACAGUUCGUAAGCAAAUGGGCCAGGAUAUAAGCGGCGCAUGCGGUCAGCUGGUCGUGAAUUUACCUGACAAGAGAACUCGUGAAAAUACAAGUCUCUUAACCGACAUCGAAGAUCUUCGCAUUUGAUGUGCAGAAUCCCUUUAUGGUGAGAUUCUUAAAUUCAUUAUGGUUUUCUUAACCUCUACCGAAAGGCGAGUUUGCUUCUGUUUUAUCUGCAGUCAGGCAUUGUUCUUAAAUUCAUUAUGGUUUUCUUAACCUCUACCGAAAGGCGAGUUUGCUUCUGUUUUAUCUGCAGUCAGGCAUUGUUCUUACAUUCAUUAUGGUUUUCUUAACCUCUACCGAAAGGCGAGUUUAUCGAUCAUUCAUGUGAAGAUGACUCGGAAGUAACCAUAUCAGAAUCUUUGCUACUGCAAAGUGUGGGUUAACUAUCUUGGCAAUGUCAAAGGUCUUCGAAUGUAUUUCAAUUACAAAUUUUAGAUGUGAAUCAAUUUUGGCUCUAGUUUUGUGUUCUCUGAGUCAAUUACUUAGUGACUCGGAAACUUUUGGAUAACUAACAUAUUAGAAGCCCUUUUUUUUUUGGAGGCAUUAUCAUCUGAAAAUUAGAAAGAAAAAGAAAAAAAAAUAUAUAUAUAUAUAUGAUGUUGUUUUCUUGCUAA